GAUAAAAGUCUCUUAAUAUUUCAACAUAAAAUUGCAUAAUAUUGCUUUACGUAUUUUUUGUUGAUGUAACCUGCGAGCAACUCACGUUUAGAAAAACUAAUAAACUUGCGUCAAAAAUCAAUUUGUGAUGUAUGAAACUUGUCAAUGGCUAAGUGAACUUUAAAGGUGCUAGGAGUGUUAUUCUUGACAGAGAAGCCUCCAUGGUUGAUUUGCAAUUACAACUAGUUGCUGAGCACAAGCUAAAAUCAUGCACAUGAAAAGCAAAUCAUGACAAACAAGUCCAUCUCUGGAAGCUGUGGGAUGAAUAUGAAGAAAAAAAUAUCACCACUUCUAAUUUCCUUAAAAAAUACUGUGAUUAUCUAGUCAUUUUGGUUACCAGUACAUUAUAGCAACACAACAAAAUGAAGUUCGCAGAGCAUCUGGCAGCACACAUCACUCCCGAGUGGAGGAAACAAUACAUCAGUUAUGAGGAGAUGAAGGCCAUGUUGUAUGCUGCAGUAGAGCAGGCCCCGUCGUCUGAGGUUACGGAGGCGGAGGUCAUCACCCGAUAUUAUGCCCGUUUUGAUGAGCAGUUCUUUCGAGUGUGUGACAAAGAACUCGCAAAAAUCAAUACCUUCUUUUCAGAGAAAAUGGCAGAGGCCACAAGGAAAUAUACCACACUUAAAUCAGACUUGCAAGCCUCAAAAGAUCAACAUGGCGAUGGUCUUCGUAACCGCAAGGGCUUCACAUUCCUGCCAAAAUUGAAUGUUCCAGCAAGAAAGAUGCAGGACCUCAAGCUUGCCUUCUCAGAGUUUUACCUCAGCCUCAUCCUCCUCCAGAACUACCAGAACCUUAACUUUACUGGGUUUAGGAAGAUUUUGAAAAAACAUGAUAAGCUCAUGACCACAUCAGAUGGAGCUAAGUGGCGUGAGGAUAAUGUUGAUUCCUCUACGUUCAACACUAACAAGGACAUUGACAAGCUCAUUCAAGAGGUUGAAGGUACAUUUACGUCAGAAUUGGAGCAAGGUGAUCGUCAGAGGGCCAUGAAGAGAUUACGUGUACCUCCUCUAGGUGAAGCACAAAGCCCCUGGACCACAUUUAAAGUUGGGCUAUUUUCGGGAGCAUUUAUUGUCCUAGUAGUAUCGGUUAUUCUUUCAGGUAUCUUCCAAUGGGGUAAUCACAAUUUACAAAUUGUUCUAAGGCUCUUUAGAGCUCCACUGUUGUUCAUCCUCUUCCUCUUCCUAAUUGGCAUCAACAUCUAUGGUUGGAGAUCAUCUGGAGUUAAUCAUGUUCUUAUUUUUGAAAUAGACCCAAGGAAUCACUUAACAGAACAGCAUCUUAUAGAGAUUGCAGCAAUUUUUGGUGUUAUUUGGGCCCUCAGUGUAUUAGGGUUUCUAUAUGCAGAUGCCCUCUCCAUCCCUUCAUACACAGUUCCACUUGCUCUCCUCUGCUUCAUGAUCUUGUUUCUUCUCAACCCCACACGGACAUUUCAUCAUGAGGCUCGGUUCUGGCUGCUCAAAAAACUGGGACGAGUAGUGUGCGCACCAUUCUGCUUUGUGCAGUUUGCUGAUUUCUGGCUUGGUGAUCAAUUAAAUACCCUGGUCCAGGUACUGAAAGACUUUGAAUAUUCUCUUUGCUUCUAUACACAAGGAAUCAACUGGUACUCAAGCAACGAUGUGAAUGAUGAUGUGUGUAUUGACAAGACACAAGUGGUCAGGAAUAUCGUUGCCUGUCUUCCUGCUUGGUGGCGCUUCGCCCAGUGUCUCCGUCGUUAUCGAGACACGCGGGAAAUGUUUCCUCACUUGGUCAAUGCAUUCAAGUAUGCCACUACAUUUUUUGUGGUAACUUUCUCCUGCCUAAGACAUGUGUACAAAGACCAGUAUGAUGAUAGCAUCAACAACCCAUUCUUCUACAUGUGGGUGGGAUCGAUGCUUUUCAGCUCAUGCUUUGUGUUCUGGUGGGACAUGGUCAUGGAUUGGGGUCUUUUUGAAAAGAACUCUGGUGAAUACAAGUUCCUGCGUGAGGAGCUUGUAUACUCAUCACCGUAUUAUUACUACUUUGGCAUUGUGGAAGACUUCAUACUAAGAUUCAGCUGGUCCUUCUCCCUCACACUGACAGAACUCAGGAUUACCAAUGGUGAAAUUAUUGUCUCCAUACUUGCUCCUCUAGAAGUUUUCAGGCGUUUCAUAUGGAACUUCUUCCGUCUAGAGAAUGAACACAUAAACAACUGUGGUAAAUUCAGAGCUGUACGAGAUAUUUCAGUGAUUCCUAUGGACGCCUCAGACCAGGCACAGAUUGUGAAGAUGAUGGAUGAAGCUGAUGGUGUAAUUAAUCGCAAGAAGAAGAAGGCUGGUGGCAAACCACGUAAGGGACUUGAUUCUCGUCCAUUGCUUGCUGAAGGGACUGGUGGUGGUGUUGGUGAGAGUGUUGAUGAAGAUGCAAACUACCUCACUGUCACCUCUGUAGAGCUUCGGAAUUGGUUUAGGGGAAUAACUGGACUCCGCAACACACAGACUGCUAACGCCUAACUAUUUGCACCAUUAAUUGUAGAAAGAAUAAAGUACUGUAUUAACAGCAUGAAAGGGAAUUAGCCAUGGGAUUCUGGUGUAGAGCCUUCUAGUGUUAAAGUUUCAAAUUUAUCAAACAUUAUGUAAGCUUAUCCAGUAGCAAACCAUAUUCUACACUACAUGUGACUUGAUGUAUCUUAUGAUAUUGUAAUUUUUUUAUACAAUUUUAGUUUUAAGAUAAUGUUAAAAUAUUUUCAGAUGUUCUCUUUAAUAAUCUUCAGCAACUGGUGUCCUUUCAAACAGUUAUCUCUUUUAUCAGUAACUGAAGAGUUUCUUCAUUAGUUCCAAAAAUAUUUCAUACAGUAAUGUUUAAAGUGAACUUCCAUGAACCAUGUUAGGCACUAAGUUGUGGUAAAUAAGGAGGCAGUGUGAUCAGUACUGUUUCUAACCACUUUUCUCUUCUCCAAUUGUAAAGCUUGGUACCCAUUUUCUUCUGGGUUUGAUUGGGGGCACCCUAUUCAUUGGCUUGCUAUAGGGCAUGAACUUGACUGUUGCAUAUGGUAUUAGAUAUAAACUGUUAAUGAUGGACUUUACAGUUUAAUUAUUCAGGAAAGACAAUGUGGCUUGAAUAUUUGGAGUAAUGAUUGAGCAAAAGUUGUCCCGUGUAAAUGGAAAUGAAGUAAGAAGAGUUAAAGAGAACUGAGAGUAGAUCAAAAGUGCUGUCCUGGAAAGUGCAGCUGGUGUGUGUGUGUGUGUUUUUGCGAUUGUGCAUGUGUGGGUGUGUGAUAGAAAAUAGGAAUGAAGAGCAGAAAGAAGGAAUUGUGGGACAAGGAGCUAGUAAAGAAUCAAGAAGACGGACAUCAUGUGUCAGUAUAGUACCAAACAAAGAUUAAUACUUUCUUAUGAAAAUACUUUUGACAAAACUGUGAAUAGGAAAAUUCUUCUAAGUAAGAUUUUGGAUGGAAUGGCAUUUGAGCAAUGACCCUUGUAUGACUUUUGAAGAGACCACAAUUUAUGAAAGGUCUCAUUUUACAUCAUGGCUUGGUGUUCAUGCUUAGACUUAAAAUAAACUGAUGUGUGUUCUUAAUUUGGUUUAAGACGUGCAAUAUAAGAAGAGUAAAAAAAAGUAUUAGGAAUAGUUUAGUGUUAUUAAAAUUAUGCUGGCUGUAUAAGGCAAGAAUAAGGUAAAUGCAUUAUUGGGCUUUGAUCCUCCCUUGUCCAUCCCCCACUUAGAAUGUAUUCUACACAUACAGUUUCAUUGAGUUACUUUAUUCUCCAUUAGCAAUUGUACCAAGUACGUAAUAGAAAUUCACUGCAAAUCACAAAAUUUAAUUCUUUUUAUGAAUGCACACUUUCCAGCACAAUACUUGCAUGUGGUUUAAUAUCUGGGUCCUUUUAUUAUUUUUUUUUGUAAAUAAUGACUUUUAAGGCAUUUAUAUUUGCAUUAGCUUUAAUGCAUUUGUAUUUUCUAAAAAUAUAAGAAGUCUUGUAUAAAGGUAUAUCAGAAAUCUAGAUGGAAAUUACUUGAGGGAAUUAUGACCCCAGAUCCCCUAACCUUAGAGAGCUUCUUACAUGUAGCCUCACUAAAUCACUCUGCCCUUUCAAUAUUUUUACUUCCAUCUACUGUAUAUUUAAGCUUGCAGACUGUAAAUUACUGUAUAUACUGUACAUCUGGGUAUAUUUUAAUGUGUAUUUUCUUAGACACGCUAGCUUGUUACUUGUUUAGAUGAUCCCAUAAAACUUUGUUGUUAUAUAUGUAAAGAGUAUUUAUUAUGUUCAUAAAGAAAAAGUAAUAUAAUGUGUGUAACAGUUGUUUGAAGAACUGCAGUGGUAGAAGGCAUUACCUGGAGCUUUUGUUGUUUUUGUCUUGUUUUAUGAAACAUAAAUCGUUUCCUGCUUUCCAAACAUACAGUAGGCCGAAUAUUAUCUCGUGUUUUGGUUGCAAAACUUAUCUUAACAAAGGCACAAUAUAAAUGUUCAAAACACUUCAAAAUAUUUCUUGUAUCUUAUAUGAGCAAACCGCAUUUAAGUUUUUAUCCAAUGCAAUUUAUUAUAGAUAUUAUCCUUGGAUUACCACAUACUACUAGAAACUAUACUGUUAAUAUUUGAGUAAAGUGUGCUAAAUAAUGUGAUGGUGCCAACCCAAACAACACAAAUAAAGUAAAUGUCUGAAAGGAAAAAAAGAACAAUCUUGUAGGUACUGUAUUUAUGUUUAGUAAACAGUUAACAGUACUGUGUCUAAUACCAUUCAGAAGUACUUUUCAUUAACUUUAAGGUUACUGUAGUUCUUUUGCAGUAAUUAAAAUUUACAGUUCCAAGGUGUUGUAAAAGACAGGAUGGGUGAAGAAAUUGAUUAACAUAUGAAAAAUGGAAAGGCUGCUGGUACCUCUGGAAUACAGUAGUUACAAAAAUAAUUACGAUGGAAUGUACAGUAUUGUUCCAGCUGACUGGUUGAAGAGCGUGGUUGUAAAUACAGUGAUAUCCCCGUAAGCCAGAAUAAUUGAUUCAUAGCUCUUCCAGGGAUGAGAGAUUUCCGGAUAACAAGGCGACUCAAACCCGGAAAAAUCCCACAUCCCUGGAAUUUUGGGGGUACUGGGAAAAGUUUCUAAGUUUCUCUGAAAAUGCGCCUGAUUUUCAACGUCGGAAACUUGUUCACAGACUCAGAAUUGAGAGAAUUUUUGCAGAAAAUUUCUGAGCAAAUUUUAAUUCCGGGUAUUGGAGAGUUCUGGCUAACAGAGAUAUUAAUGUAGAAGGCCACUUGGGUCAAAAGGUGAGGAGAGCGUAGGAGUGAUGUAAAUGAAAGUGACAGUUAUGUUUGGGGUAAAUAGAGUACUGUACUAUAAAAGAUCUGUCGGCUCAGCUGAGCGGCUCUUCCGAUAAGCGCACUACCUCCUCGUAAUGUUACGUGAAUGUGGUGUUUACACUUGAUUUUACUCUUUAUAAAAUGGUCAUUAUUAUCUGUUGCUUUAUGCCAUUUGUCUUGACAUAUUGUACAUAAUGUUUAGUGAAAAGAGAAAAAAUUAGAGGAGAAUGUGUUCUCCGGAAGCAUGAAUUUGUUUGUGACUUGGACACUAAAUAUUCUUUACUUUAAAUUUUUUCCACUCCUUUCUCAAAAGUUAAUGUUUUAAAGCAGUUAUAUCUUUACAUACAUUAAAUUCACUGUUAAAGUGAGUCAGAACUGGGUAUCCUUAACAGUUAUCCUGGACGUAUAUGGAUUAAUUUGUGGUAUAGCAAUAUUAAUCAAACAUUAUGUAUGAGCCAAUGAGCUGCAAGGGGGUGGGGGGCUUCUUUAGUCUCAUACCGUCAGCUAAAAAAAACAGACUAUAAUUGUGUGAAUAACAAUGGGGCAUUAUAAUUAGUUAAUGGAUUUUAUUGAUGAAUGUAUAGUUUAGUUUAUAUUCUAAAAGCUUUUUCCUGGUACUGUAUAGAGAUGUCUGGAAUGUGCCAGACUGAUAUUUCAGGCCAGUAGAAAGGAAUGCCAUAGCAGAACAAAUUUGUAUGUUAUAACAAAUGAGAGUGAAUGAAUGGUUGUGUGUUUGCUCUUGAUACUGGUCACCCUGUUCUGUGCAGGAAAAGGCUGGAAAGAGUGAAAAAAUAUCUUGGUUGAGGUUUCCAAAAGUGUCUUUGUACAACAUAAAGGCACUGUAGUAUGCAAAGAUGCUGUUGACUGAUGAUAAGAAAAUAUGAAGCCAAAGACUAACAUUUGCCAAGUGAAAUGUAUAAAGGUGAUGAGGUACUACCUUUCCUGAUAUCCUUUAACACUUAACUUUAUUAAUGGGACAUUAUGGACAAAAGUCCUGUUAUAUGCUUAAACUGAAUUGCUGGAAUCUGCUUGCUCUCUGGUCCAGUACUGAGCUUCUAACAGGUGUGUAAUGGAACUUUUGUAUGUAACUUUACAUGGCACUGGGAGGAUAUUUUCUGAUAAUUUUUCUAAGUACAGUUUGUAUUGCAGUGAAAAAAAAAGUGUAACUAUUGUACUGUACCUCUGUGUCUUACUUCUACAAAUUACCGAAGAAUUUUCCAGUUGCAAUAACAAACUAUUGUAUAAUUAAAGGAAAAAGUACAGUAAGAUAGGGUUGAAUACCUAUUGUAAGAUUAUGUUAAAAUUUUUGUAUCUUGCAAUUAUUAUGGCACUAAUUAUGUACAGUACAUGAUUUAUACCGAGUAAAUUUAAGAUGAAGAUUGACUGUUAUCUUAAGUAAGUCUUUUGAUUACUGUACAUAUGCUAGUCAGUAUGAAGUACUACCACAAGUCAGUUAUUUCAUUUUGUGUCAUAAUAUGUGAAACUACAGUACAUGCAGCAGCACUCUUUUUAUAAAAACGGGAAAGGCAUCUUUUGAUUUAGUGACAGUUCAUUGUAAUUUUGUUAAAGAUUGUGAAUUUUUUCAGUAAGAAUUAAUAAAAAAUGUAAUCUAUAAAAUAUAUUCAUUUAUUAGAAUCAUACUGUAUUGUACUUAUAGUGUAAUUCUAAUGUAAUGAUUAAUACAGUAUUUUACAAGAGUGACUUUUAAGAAGAUAGUUUGACAUGUAACAAGCAUAUCAGGGGAUAGAUUAUAAGAAUAACAUUAUUUUUGCAGUUUAAAAAUAUUGUGAGUGAAAAUAAACAUACUUAAGAUAAUUAUUUCUUCCUCUUUACUGUACUUGCUUAAGUUUCAUGUCACAUGGCAUUCAUCACUUUGCACUGAGCAUUAUAAUAGACCUAUUGGACAGGACGUCAGCUCAAAAUGCAGUACAGGACAGCUGAACUGUACAUUGGGUAAAGCCAACAGAGAUCAUUAUGAAUACUGGGGUAUAAUACUUGUAUGAGUAAAUUAAAACAUUUUGAAGAGA